GCAGACCGCCGCUCCGAAUUGGGAAAUGUCAGUCCUGUUGUAGACCGUUCCGGGUACCGAUGCUCGAAAGGUCGGUCUUAUUCGCGCCCUGCAGGGUGUACGAGCGGAUCCGCCGGUGAGCCGUUGACCUGUUGCAGAAGAUGCCAAGGACGGGUUGUCUGCGCCAACUGCGACGAGAAGUUUGAUGUCGACGAAAACGGUCCUAAUGCAUGCUACUACUCCUUGCAGUAUUUUAACAGAGACGGAAGCCUCGAAAUUUGGGACCAAAUAGAUAAACCUGACAAGUUCUAUGGCAUGGACAGCGACGAAGCUGGUACUGACAUUCCGGAUAGCUUCAGAUGGAGCUGCUGCCAGCGCGUCGGCAACGUGGAAGGUUGUCAAAAUGGGGGCAACACGUGGUCGUAUUGGAACACAGCCCUUUGA